GUGCAUCGGGGAGGCUGAAUGGGAUCGAGCGAGAGCCACAGCGGAGCAGCAGAGCAUCCGAGCAGAGACAUCGUUUCACGCAUCGUCCGCCCUCCGGAUCGGUCAAGGAUUUUCGUUUUCCCCUCUGCGAGAUCAAUCCGUGACCUCUUUCCUUCUCUGACGACACUCUUGGGGAAAAUGGGGUGAUAGUGUUUUUUCAUCAUCCAAUUACCACUGACCCAGCACCGACCCCAAAGCACCGACACUCCCCCCGAUGUCGGAAGAUUCAGACUCCAAGCCCUAUCGCUUCGCGGUGCUGGAGGACCAGGAUGGAGACUCCCGCCUCUCCACGCCGAGGAGGGCCUCGGCCUGCAGCUCCAUGGCACAGCUCCACCGGAUGGGCGGCUACAGUCACGGCGGGGCCGACUUGGGCCUCCACUCGGAGGGCAGUGACAGCAGCGGUCAGGACCCUCCCGCCUCACCGCACAAGCACCGCAAGAACGCCCGCUCCCGCUCGCUCCCCGAAGAGGACGUGGAGAUGAAGAGCAGUGGGUCGAGCGGGAGCGGAACCGAAUCGCACGGCAACGAGAGCCGCGGCGGCAACGAGAGCCACGGCCACGAGUCGGCGGGCAGCUCCGAUGGCACCAGCAAAGACUCGGCGCUGCUGGAAUCCUCGGAAAGCCACAAGAGCUCGACCUCUCACAGUCCGUCGCCCCCCAGCAGCUCCAACGCCUUCAGCCUGCUGAGCUCAGAGCAGGACAACCCUUCAACCAGCGGCUGCAGCAGUCAGGAGUCGGCCAAAGCCAAGAACCAGAAGGAGAUGUUUAAAAUUCUGAAAGAGCUGAAGCUCCACCUCCCCUCUGAGAAGAGACACAACAGCAAGUCGUCCACGUUGAACACGCUCAAGUACGCACUGCGCUGCGUCAAACAAGUGGAAGCCAAUGAGGAAUAUUACCAGCUGCUGAUGACCAACGACAGUCAACCCUCAGGCCUGGAUGCAUCCUCUUACACGAUCGAGGAGAUAGACAGCAUUACUUCUGAAUACACCCUCAAAAACAACGACAUUUUCGCAGUAGCGGUUUCUCUCAUCACUGGACGGAUAGUGUACAUUUCCGAUCAGGCUGCCUCCAUCCUCAACUGCAAAAGAGAAGUGUUCAAGAACAGCAAGUUUGUGGAGUUCUUGACGCCGCAGGACGUUAGCGUGUUCUACAGCUUCACAACGCCGUACCGGCUGCCCUCCUGGAGCAUGUGCACUGGAGCAGAGUCAUCGCCGCCUGACUGCAUGCAGGAGAAGUCCUUCUUCUGCCGCAUCAGCGGUGGUAAGGAGAGCGAGGGCGACCUGCAGUAUUAUCCAUUCCGCAUGACACCGUACCGGAUGAAGGUCCAGGACACAGUGCACACGGAAGACCAGUUCUGCUGCCUCCUGCUGGCUGAGAGAGUUCACUCUGGUUAUGAUGCGCCCAGAAUUCCAACAGACAAACGCAUCUUCACCACCACACACACUCCGAGUUGUCUUUUUCAGGACGUAGAUGAGAGGGCGGUUCCUCUCCUUGGAUACCUUCCCCAGGACCUGAUCGGCACACCGAUCCUCCUCCACCUUCAUCCCAGUGACCGACCGAUUAUGUUGGCCAUUCACAGAAAGAUUCUUCAAUUUGCAGGACAACCAUUUGAUCACUCGUCCAUCCGGUUCUGUGCACGAAAUGGAGAAUACAUCGUUCUUGACACCAGCUGGUCCAGUUUUGUCAACCCCUGGAGUCGCAAAGUCUCCUUUGUCAUCGGAAGACACAAAGUGCGCAUGGGUCCUGUGAAUGAAGACGUUUUUGUCGGCGCGGCGUCAACUGUCCGUGAGAUGAAGACCAUGGAGUCCGACAUCCAGGAGAUUACUGAGCAGAUCCAUCGGCUCCUACUACAGCCGAUCCAUAACAGUGGCUCCAGUGGUUACGGUAGUCUGAACAGAAAUGAUCUCGUGAGCAUGAGCUCCUCUGGCGAGAGCCUUAACAGCGGCGGCGCCAGCAAAGUCCGACCAGAGGAGGAGGAAGCGAGCGGCAAAGCCAGACCGCGAACGUUUCAAGAAAUCUGCCAAGGAGUACAUCUUCAGAAGAGCCAAGAGCAUCAAACAACCAAACAUGACUUCAAGAAAAGCAUUGGCAAGUCUGCACAGAAAAGCUCAGCGGUGGUGCGGUCCAAAGACUCAGCGGCUCCACUCAACUGGAAGGAGCCUGGGGCCCACAUGGAGGACAGCAGGUCCUCCUCCAAUGGGAUGGACUUCAACAAUCAGACCGUCUACUCCUACCAGCAGAUCAGCUGCCUGGACAGUGUCGUCAGGUACUUAGAGAGCUUUAAUGUUCCCAUCACAAUGAAGCGGAAGUGCCAGUCUUCCUCCAACACCACGUCCUCUAACUCGGAUGAAGACAAACAGAAAGGUCCUCACAGAACGCAGGUGCCUGAAGAACCAGCCUUGUUGAAGGAUCAGUCUGUUCUCUCCGCUUUGGACGAUCGAGUCAAAAAAUCCAGUGACGCGGCCACAGCAGUUGUGGGCACUUCGCUUCCCCUACCUGUACCUAACAAACCAGAAAGCGUGGUGUCCAUAACCAGCCAGUGUAGCUACAGUAGCACCAUAGUGCAUGUUGGGGACAAGAAACCUCUACCAGAGUCAGAGAUCAUAGAGGAUGUCCAAGGAACGGGGGAGCCAGUAGAAUCCAGCCAGAACUCCAGAGCUCCUCUUUCUGUUCUUUCACCUCCUAGUCAGGAGAGGGAGUCCUACAAGAAAUUGGGGUUGACCAAGCAGGUUUUGGCAGCUCACACGCAGAAGGAGGAGCAGACCUUUCUGUAUCGCGUCAGAGAGCUUCGAGGACUCACGGCCCUCAAAGAAAACUGCUCGCAGUACCUGGAGCGUCAGAAAGAACAGAUCGCCAGCGAUGCUGUACAUGCUGCUCAAGCCUCCAAGAUUGUAGAGCCCAUGGCGCGGCGAGGCACCCGGAAUAGGAGGACCAAGUCGAAGCGAGCGAAGCAGAUGGAGUCCUCAGAUAGCACGGUGUCCCAUCGCAGACAGCACGUGCGCCCUCGCCUUCCAAACCACGGCCUUAACCCGACCUCUUGGUCCCGCUCUGACGCCUCACAGUCGACCUUUCCCAUGGCCUACCCCCCGGUAAUGCCAGGCUUCCCCCUACAGGUUUACCCCAGAGCCGGUUCCACAGCUCCCCGCUCAGGCACCACUCAACGGGUCUUUGGGGAUAGUCGGGCCACCCAGGCCCCUCCCUGUGCCCCACCCAUUCACCCUGCUCCCUACCCCACCCCGAUCGUGGCCCCCAUUAUGGCUCUAAUGUUGCCCCUGCCCUUCCCCCCGAUGGCCCCUGGACUGCCUCCUCCACAGCCAGUGUACCACGCGGUGCCUGGUGGCUUCCCCACCCAGUUGCAACCGUUUGGUCAGGCUGCGUUUCCAGCGCAUGGACCCUUCACGUCUCCGCCUCCCUUCGCUGUUCAGAACCAGUUCAGCCCACAGAACCACUUCGCCCCGCAGGCAGACUACCCGAACGCAUCGUUCCACUUCCCCCCGUACUCGGAAACCUCGAAGGCCCCCAUGAUGGAGGGCCAGUCUCGCGCCUCUACGCCCCAGUCGGGAAGAGGGGGAGGCCCGGCAUCGCCGCCGCUCUUCCAGUCCCGCUGCAGCUCACCCCUCAACCUGCUGGAGCUGGAGCUGUCGGUGGACCGCCAGGACAUCACGGUGGUCUCCUACGGAGGACAAGGGAGUAACGCUGCUGAAAGAGAGAAGGGAGCGAACGGCAAGCAAGCCAUGGAGACGGAGCAGCCGUCUGUCAGUCUCCUCGCUCCUCCCGGACCCCUGUAUUGCGAGGGCUCCCCCCGUGUCUGUGAGCGUUUGUCUUGGGACAAAGUGUGCUCUAGGCUCAGGGCUUGCAGCAAAGAGGCAAGUUCACGCGGCGACGGGAACAACAGUGACGCAAACUCUUUGUCCAGCGACAUGUUGGACAUUAUUCUCCACGAGGACUCCUGCUCAGGCACUGGCUCGCUCACCUCGGGGUCCAUUGGCUCAGGGUCCAACGGCUGCGGAACUUCAGCCAGCGGGACGUCUCAAAGCAGGACGUCAGCCAGUGGGACUUCCGGCAGUGGAACAGGGAGCAGUAAAUACUUCGGCAGCGUGGACUCCUCCCAGAACAGCAAGAAGGUCAAUGGUCACUUGAGCGGCAGUGAGGAAAGGCCGGUGGAGAUGGACCAGAGAGAACACCUACCACUGCAGGACCCCGUGUGGAUGCUCACUGCCAACACAGAUGACAAAGUCAUGAUGACCUAUGAGUUGCCUUUGCGUGACAUGCAGAGAGUGCUCAGAGAAGACCAAGAGCAGUUGAGGCUCCUGCAGAAGAAUCAGCCACGCUUUUCUGAGGAGCAGCAGAAGGAGCUGGUGGCGGUCCACCCCUGGAUUAAGAAGGGAGGUCUGCCUAAGGCCAUAGACAUCAAGGCGUGCUUCUGUUGCGAUGGCGCCUCGAGGGAGGCGACGCCGGCGGGGGAUCGGCCGGACCUGGACAUCGGUGAUACAGAGACGGGGGAGGUGGGCUGCCAGCAGAGGCCCAGAGAGGAACCUUCCAACGCACUCUCGGAGACAACCAGAUAGACAUAAAGUGCCGCGUAUUUUUUACUGUGAUCUCUCACCUUUCAGCCUGUCGUCCUGUACAACUUUGAAGAAGGACCUAUUUUUACACAAAGCACCACACGGGCCCCUUUUCUCUUGAUUAAUGUCUCUGCCAUGCUGUUUGGAUGUGAAACAAAUACCCGUGAAUAAUACGAGUGCGGGACUGUAUGACUACGCAUGUGCAUGUGUUUGUUUCUGUGUAGCACCUAACUAAGGGAAGCAUAUGCAGUGAUCAGGAGAGGCUGAGCCCAGUAGGAGGAACACAUAAUGUGCCCUUACACCAGGCAGAACGUUGGAGGUCACAUGCCAGGAAGUGUCUCUGUGAUGCUCUAACUGC